CGGAUAUUCCUGAUUUCGCUGGUGAUGUGUCGACUUCGCUGUGAUCUGCUCGUCCUGCUGGUGCUCGUUCUAGCAGAGGCCCACUGUGCCAUGAUAAGAAUUAUCCGAGAGGAUCAUUAUAAGUGCGGAUGUCCAGCAGCGUCACAAAGACAGCCGCGAUCGAUUCUCUCACCGAAGAUUCAGCCGAUGGACGGCGUCUCGUUGUCGACAACGACCACCACCACCGGUCGCAUCUUCAACGGCAAGCCCAGCAGGAGGGGCGCGUGGCCCUGGCAGGUGUCCCUGCAGUUGUUGCACCCGAAACUGGGCUUUAUCGGUCAUUGGUGCGGCGGUGUGCUGAUCGACCCCAAGUGGGUGAUCACCGCCGCCCACUGCAUUCACAACGAACUGUUCAAUUUACCCAUCGGCGCGCUAUGGACGGCGGUGGUCGGCGAAUGGGAAUUGGACUCAGGAGGACGCGGAUCCGCGCGCUUGCCCGUCGAGAAAGUGAUUCUUCACGAGAGAUUCAAUAAUUACGUGCACGACAUAGAUCUCGCCGUUGCAGCCUUGAUGAAACUCGCCAGGCCGGCACCUCUAUCCAAGGUUGUACGCACCAUCUGUCUGCCUGGACCCGGGCAAGAUCUCAGCGGUGGGCACUGCGUGACCUCGGGUUGGGGCCGAUACGGUCCCUCGCCUUCGCUCUCUACCGCUCUUCUGGAGGCCAGCGUGCCGCUUCUCAACCUGGAGGAGUGCCUGCAGGCCUACGGCACCUCGGUACCCAUCAGAAAGGGCCACCUCUGCGCCGGUCAGAUCGACGGCUCCUCGGGAAGCUGCGUGGGUGACUCCGGAGGACCUCUGCAGUGUCGUCGUACUGAUGGCGUUUGGCAGCUAGUCGGCGUCACAUCUUUCGGAUCCGGUUGCGCCAGACCGGGCUACCCAGACGUAUACACCAAGAUACAGCAUUACUUGCACUGGAUUAACAAGACAAUCGAUACCGACAACGACGAUUAGCAACGAUGAAGUUCGUUUAUGUAAAUACCGAUGUAAAUAUGUUAUUGUACAGCGCUAGUUCAGUUCCUUGUAUUUGUAUAUAGUGUAUUACACUCGCAUUUCUUGUAUAUUGUGCGCUAAUUCGUGUUACACAUAGAAAUCAUUUAUAUUUAUUUUGUAUUUUAAGACUGUGUAUGUAAUUUA